CGAGGUAUCGACAAUAGUGCUGACAAAAUGAAAGAAUUUCUUGUAAUUUGUGCUCUGAUCGCUGUCGGUUCAACUUCUGAGGAUAUAUUUUUUAGUGAAAAAAAUACGCCAAAACCGACAUUUGUUCCAUCGGUUACUUUACACAACGGAAGCUUCUUCCCCAAAUUAGAUCACUUUAAUCCGCAAGAUGCCCGAACCGUUGAAUUUCAAUAUCGUUUGAAUUUGGAUUUUUAUCGUGAUGAAGGACCAUUAUUUGUCUACAUUAAUGACGGUGAACAAUAUACAACCGAAUGGAUUCAAGAGGGUUUGAUCGUAGAUAUUGCAAGAGAACUUGGCGGUGCUGUCAUCACCAGUGAUCAUCGUUAUUGGCGGCUAAAUACACCAACUGAGUCAUCUUCAUUCGACAACCUGCGUUUUCUAACGGUCGACCAAGCUAUUGCCGAUAUUGCAACCUUAAUACACACAUUACGCGAUCAUUUAUCGUCGUCUUUCCCAAGAGUAAUAGUUUGGGGCACUGGCUAUGGUGCAACUUUAGCGACGUUUGCUCGAAAGAAAUACCCACACCUGAUUGACGGUGCAUUUGCUUCGAGUGGUCUGUUCCGCGCUGAAGUUUCUGAUGAAAGUUACUUUGACAAUCUGUCCUACAAUUUGAGGCAUCACGGCAGCGACGAAUGUUUUGGGCGAGUUAGAAAUGCAUUUGAUAUUUUGGAAUAUCUCAUCCAAAAUGCUGAGGGUGACUAUUUGCAAGAGCGGCUAAGAUUAUGUCAGCCUUUGGAAGUUGAUAAUGACCAGGAAGUUGGUUUCCUGAUUGAAAGACUCGUUGAUUACAUUAGUGCUUACAUUAAGCAACAUAACUUAUUCGGUUUAGAGAACUUCUGUCGAGACAUGGCCUAUUACAACGAAGACACUUUAAAUUCAUUGAUCAGAUGGGUCCUUUACAUCUACGAUGGGCCAGAAUGUUACAACAUUGAUUACGAAGAAUACAUCGACGAAUUGACACAAACAAAUUGGGACGCAAGAUUUGCUAGCCGGCGAGCUUUAGCUUAUUUAAGAUGUACUCAAAUCGGUGCGUUUAGAAUCCCAUCCGAUUAUGAAUUCACAGCAUUUCCACAACUCUUGACCGACGAGUAUCACUACAAAUUCUGCGAAGACAUUCUCGGCGAACAAUACAACCGUACCUCUCUGCAAAGUGCUGUCGACAAUUUAAAUUUAAUUUACGGCGGUCAAGAACAAGUAAUCUCUCACGUUAUUUACACAAAUGCUGGGUUGGAUCCGUGGAUCAGUCAUGGUGUGUCCGAAUAUGGUCUUGUUGAAUCGACUGCUAUUUUUAUACAGUAUGCAGCUGCUGGAGCUGAUUUAUCAUCAAUUUCAACCGAAGAUUCCGCUGAGCUUUAUAGAGCAAAACAACUUAUAACUGAGUACGUGACACGCUGGGCUAGUACGUAACAGCACCAAUGUUUAAAUGAAAUUACGUUUAUAACCUUUGGGGAAAUAAAAUUGAAUUGAGAAU